AUGGUCACCGGCAGCAGCGGUCAUUUGAACCGUAGAAGAAGAAGAGCUGGCGCAGCCGCAGAAGGAGGAGGAGAAGAAGAAGGAAUCUAUGAAAUGUUUGCUCUGAAGACUUUGUGUCGACCUGCAGCUCUGCAGCUUCUGCGACCGUUUUCUACCAAAACUCUUCCUACUCUCACUCUGUUCACUAAGGAUCCGUGUCCUCUGUGUGAUGAAGCUAAAGAAGUGCUGCAGCCGUUCAAACACCGGUUCGUCCUGCAGCAGGUGGACAUCAGCCUCCCACAGAACAAGCUGUGGUGGGACAAGUACAAGUGGGACAUUCCCGUGUUCCACCUGGACGGACGGUUUGCGAUGAAGCACCGCGUGGACAUGACGCUGCUGGACAAGCUGCUGCAGGACAUCGAGACGCAGAAGACGUGAUUACUGGCUGUGUGUCAUCUAAUUUAUCCAAUAAUCAAUAAACAUCUGAUCAAUA